CUGAGGAGCCUCGGGAACUGGCCCCACCUGUACCUUGCGAGCGGUUAAACUGACCCUUGCUGGGGUCCCCGGAGAGGAGCCGCCUGGGACGGGUUUGCGCCAAUUAAAAAUCCCAGGAUAAGGAGGAGAACUGGCAAUCCGCCGUUUGUUAUCUUAGGCUUCUCAUUUAAUGUCUUAGCGCCUCAGUUUCUUCAUUUGUAGAAUACAGCUGGUUAUUCUUGCCUGCCAUGGUGGCUGAGAAGGUUAAAUGAGGCCGUAAGUAUGAAGCUUGGAGUGAUUCCCGGCGUAAACUGGAUUUUGGAUAAGUUGUAGUUGGUUUAUCCAUCCCCGACAGUCGACUAGGGCCAGCCUGCUCAACUUUUCAGUGCCAAGGUGUCUGAGAAGGUUGCAUGGCUAGUGAAAGCUCGGAGCAGAAGGUGGGGGAUACGCGACGGGUUAGAUGAAGAUCCAGUUUCAGACGUGAGACUCACUGGGUGAUCAUUUCAUUGAGAUCAACUUGAAUGACCAGGUGAAAAGUGCAAGAGGAAUGUGCUAUGACUGAGUGCUAUAAGAUCAUAUAACAAGAGGACCUCAUCUAGUCAUGGGAUCAGGGGAGAUUUCCCUGAAGAAGGAAAUUUGAGUCAAGAUCUGAAAAUCAGGCAAGUUACAGUUUUUUAUUGCCAAUCCCUACUUCUUUUGACUCUACAAAAGAAACUAUAUCUACAGCAGCCCCUAAAGCCCAGGAAUCCAGCAGAUCAUCAGACAGACUCAUGACUGAAAAGCAGCAGGAAGAAGCAGAAUGGGAAAACAUAAAUGUGCUGUUGAUGGUGCACGGCUUAAAACCUUUAUCUCUAGUCAAAAGAACAGAUCUGAAAGAUCUCAUCAUUUUUGAUAAACAGUCAUCACAAAGGAUGAGGGAGAAUUUAAAAACUUUGGUGGAAGAAACAUCACGUCAACAGAACAUGAUCCGGGAGCUCAUAGAAACUAAUAAACAGCUUAAAAAUGAACUUCAGAUAGAAAAAAGCCGAGCAGCAGAUCAGGAACAACGAGCUAAUGACUUGGAACAAAUUAUGGAGAGUGUGAAAUCCAAAAUUGGUGAAAUGGAGGAUGAAUCCCUAAGUAGGGUUUGCCAACAACAGAAUAAAAUAAAAGAACUUCAAAAGGAGCAAAAAGCUUUACAGGCAAAAUGUCAGCAUUAUAAGAAAAAACGAAUGGCGCAACAAGAGACUAUUGCUUCUUUGCAAAAGGAUAUCUAUAGAUUAACAAAGGAGGAAGAGGAGCGCAUUGCCACUCAAAACAGAGUGUUUUCUUAUCUCUGCAAAAGAGUUCCUCAUACCGUCUUGGAUAGACAGUUGCUUUGUCUAAUUGAUUACUAUGAAUCUAAAAUUAGAAAAUUUCAAAAACAAAGGCAAUAUAAAGAAGAUGAAAGUCAGUCAGAAGACGACUUCAGAAGUCUGAGUGCUUCACCUACUUAUAAAGGCCUUCUAAUGUCAUUACAGAAUCAACUUAAGGAAUCAAAAUCUAAGAUAGAUGUACUUUUAAGUGAAAAGCUGAAUCUCCAAAAAGAUUUGGAAAGCAGGCCUACACAGCAUGAAUUAAGACUUUAUAAACAACAGGUGAAGAAGCUGGAGAAAGCCCUUAAGAGAAACAUCAAAUUACAAGAUCUUAUCAGUCAAAAAAAGGCUGAUGACAAAAAGGAAAAAGAUGAACCCAGUGAAGAUAACCAGCAGCAGGCCCUAACUGACCAGAGAUACUUUCAGGUAUUGAGUAGCAUCAAUUCAAUUAUUCAUAAUCCAAGAGCUCCAGUAAUCAUUUAUAAACAGAGCAAAGGAGGAGCCCAACAUUUUAAUAAAGAUCUUGUUCAAGAUUGUGGAUUUGAGCAUCUUGUUCCUAUAAUAGAAAUGUGGGCAGAUCAACUGAUUUCCUUGAAGGAUUUGUAUAAGUCCUUGAAACUACUCUCUACCGAACUGGUGCCUUGGCAUAAUUUAAAGAAGCAGGAUGAAAAUGAAGGUAUCAAAGUUGAAGAUCUGUUGUUUAUAGUAGAUACCAUGUUAGAAGAAGUUGAAAAUAAGGAAAAGGACAGUAAUAUGCCAAACGUUCAAAUUUUGCAAGCUAUUGUCUCUCACUUCCAAAAAUUAUUUGAUGUGCCUUCUUUAACUGGAGUCUAUCCCCGAAUGAAUGAAGUUUAUACUAGGCUUGGAGAAAUGAACAAUGCUGUGAGAAACCUCCAGGAACUCUUAGAACUAGAUAGUUCAUCCUCAUUAUGUGUGCUUGUGAGCACAGUUGGAAAAUUGUGUAGGCUGAUUAAUGAAGAUGUGAAUGAACAGGUUAUGCAGGUAUUAGGACCUGAAGACCUCCAAAGCAUUAUCAACAAAUUGGAAGAACAUGAGGAGUUUUUCCCAGCGUUUCAGGCAUUUACUAAUGAUCUACUUGAAAUCUUAGAAAUUGAUGACUUGGAUGCCAUUGUACCUGCAGUAAGGAAAUUAAAAAUACUUUCAUACUGAAAACAAAUCAAAUCAUUUUUACUGUGUAAAUUCCAUUCUUAACAUUUUAAGUAUUUUGUAGGAUCUUACUUUGAGACAAGGGUUAUAAAAUGUAUUUAUUCUCGGAAUUUAUCCCCUUCUUUGUAUUGGGUCCUCCAACCAUAAAAUUUUUAUUAACUUUGAGUUUCUUGUAUAGAAAACAGUUGCUAAGUUUAAGUAGGAAGUUAACUUUAGAUCCUUUAAUCAUUUGUUAAGCAAUUCUUGAGUGCUUAACAUUUAAGAUUGUUUUAAAGUACAGUGUGUAAGAGAGAAACCCAGGGAGAGAUAGUGCAAGUAAUAGGUUGCAUUUAAGUUUAGAGUUCAGUGACAUUUUGGUUCUGGAACAAGGAAUGCCAGUGGCUCUCUUAAGUCCAGCCAGCAGGAAGCAAUUGCUUUCCUGGCAAGCAAGUGGCACAUUCUAUUAAGAUAUCCCUCAUAACACUUGCCCUUUCAGAUCAGGAGGAAGAAAAGGAAGAAGGAAAAAAUUGUUUUAUUGUGUUAGGGUAGGGAAUGAAUUAUGGGAUAAAAUAGAUGAGUGGAUAGAAGUCUCUCAUAAAAAAAUCUUUUUUGCUGUCUUGAUGUAAUAUACUUUUUAUAAGGGCAUGAGAUAUUAAAUAAAAUUUUUGUAAAGAAUUUCCAAA